CACAGGCGGCGGGAAUACGCAGUUCGUAAUUCUGGUUCGGUUGGGCCGUACGUCCCGCGGUCGCUAUGGCUGCCAAUGCGGCGUAUCUAGUCGUCCGCGCUCGCAUAAUUUUCGGACUUGCACACCAUCGCCGGGACGUCACCACCGGUGGGAUCACGAAAAUUUGCCGGACGUUCGACGUUGUUCAGCGAUGCCGUCGUCACCAUUGCAAACGAUGGUAUAGCUCAAUUUCUACAACGUUUUCGGGUGAUGGAAAUGAAGGAAAACAAAUAUCAAAACCUUCAUAUGACAAGUCAGAAAUCCACGUCGAGCUCAGACGAGGGUUGCCCACGGUCACAGUUCCUUUGCCGUCCAGGCGCGAACUUUGUCAGUUUACCUUGCGCCCAGUGACGAACACGGUCGGUGACUUUACCAAAAUGUUGAAGACCGAGGAUCCGGGUGUCGACCGCGUAGUUAUAUCCAGCUCAGAGGGUGUGCGCAUAGCGUCUUCCAAUACAAUCGAAUCGCUCAUGGAAGAUGACUUCCGGUUAACCAUCAAUGACCGAGAGUUCGCGGUUAAAGUGCCACCGCACAGGAAGCUUACAAAGGAAGAAAUGGAACGGCUUUCUGGCGUCAGGACUUUAGUCAGUCAGUUGUACGAAUCACUGAACGUCGAAGAACAUCAAUUAAAAAAAGAAAGGGAGUUACUGGCUAAGAUGGAAGAACUAAAAGUCAAAUUGGAACCCCUCGAAAAGAAAAGGCAAUCCAUCGACUUGGUAGCCAGCAGACAAACAUCGGUGCUCACAUGGGUCGGUCUGGGACUUAUGUCAGUGCAGUUUGGCAUAUUGGCUCGGCUCACUUGGUGGGAAUAUUCGUGGGACAUAAUGGAGCCGGUCACAUACUUCGUCACUUAUGGUACCGCCAUGGCCGUAUAUGCUUACUAUGUACUCACCAAACAGGAGUACCUGAUGCCGGAUGUUCGCGACCGCCAGUAUCUGAUCACCGUGCAUAAGAAGGCCAGGAAGUGUGGAUUAGACUUGCACACAUACAACCUGCUCAAGGACAAAAUGGCGGGCGUGCAGACCGAUUUGGCCCGGCUCAAGGACCCGCUUGUCCCUCCGCACAGGGCACAAGUCCUGUACGAUCCUCUGGCCGACUGUAACGCCACGGGAAUGGAACCUACGGGACUCUGGUCCGGACUCCGAGCCCGGAUCAAGUAAUUGAUGGAUGAAACCAAAGGCAGAAGCGGAAAACGGACCACCAAUAACAGCAUUUGAGAACACGCGCAGUAUUAUGCAUAAUAAAUAAUAAUUUUAAUUUUAUGUCUUCUUUUUACGAUCAUUUUUUUCUUUUUUUUCGUUUUAGACUUAUUCGUUUACGUCGUAUAAAAGUUGGUGCUAAACAUAUAAUGCCGGUUUUCUUCUCGCUGUCGUUUUUCAUCUUUCGUAAAUAUUCUUAGAUGACUUAAUCUCAACACAGGGUUAGAGUAUUAUAACUUCACGCACACAAAAAAUAUUAAUAUACUUUAUAGGAUAAUAUAGGGGGUAUAUCGUAUAUAGGUACCUACAUCGGCUCUUUACAAUACAACAUCUGCAUUCUGCAGUUUAUCUGUACGCUUUUUUUGAGACUUUUUAAUAUGUAAAAAUGAAAAAAAAAAUUUCUAAACACGCUCUAUCUAUUUCGUAGGUAUUCGAUUUUUUUUUUUAUAAUAAUAAUCGUCUAUUAUAUAUAUAUUUAUUACAUUUUUUGUGUUCUUAUAUAUAAAUAUUAUAUUAUUAUUGUUAUUGUUGUUAUCGUAUAGAACGAGGACGAAAAUCUCGUACCACAGUCGCUCUCGUGGAAUCGUCUUUCCGUCACACACAAGCACACAUAUAUCCACAUACACACACACACACACACACACACACACACACACACACACACACACACACAUACAUACAUACAUACAUACAUACAUACAUACAUACAUACAACAUACAUACAUACACACAAAACACAAAACACACGUGCACUUGUUGAUUGAUUGAUCAAGAACAAUCAUAACCGUUUUUUUAAACUUUUUUCACUUUGGGUUAGGAUCAGGGUCGUUUUAAUAAAUAUAUAAUAUGUUGAUAAAUAAUGUUAUGAUAAUAAUAUAAUAAUUAAUAUAUGUACGCGUCGACGGCGGAUCGUAUUGUAUAUUCGUCGUCGCUGGAUUCGGUUAACGGAAGUUGCAUAGUGCUCAUAUAUAUUAAUAUAUAAUAUUAUACAACGGCAAUGACGCAUAAGAAGUAACAUAACAAUCCUUGUUUUAAUGUUGUGAUAACGGAGCCAAUAUUUUAUUAUAAAUGAAUUAAAAGUUGUAUAAUUAUUGCUCUUUUUUUUUGAUUCGCCAUAUAGCAUUUUAUUUCGAUUAAAGCUCAAUGUAAUUAGUGUUAACUAUUUUUAAAUUUAUCUCUUUUUCUCGCUCUUUAUUAUCUCACUAUUCUUAUAGUAUUUAUAACAUAAUAUAUUCGUCAACUAACUUUUAUAAUUGUCUUUAAUGAUUUUCAACGCCAUCAUAAUACAUAUUAUUUAUAUAAGGUAGCGUGUAGAUACAAUAAUACUGUAACUCGUGUUUAGUCAAAUCGUUAUAUAAUCAACGAACUUUUUUAUCAAAACCGUCAUUGUACGAUGUUUAGGUCUUAGUUUCUAAACCAUUUUUUUUUCAAAUCUAUUUAAAAUCUAUUCAUAGACAUGUAUUAAUGUAAUUUUUUUUUUGAAUUAUUUAUUUCUAUUUAUUAUACCUAUUACCUAUUGUACGAUUAUUUAUCUUAAAUAAUUAUCGUUUAUGUUUAAAUGUAUUAACUAAAUCCUGUAAGUAAGUACUAGUAACAUGCGUUGUACAAAACAACAUUGUUAUUCAUUUUUACUUUAAUAUUGUACUAAUACCUAUACGUUUGUAUGAUUUGUUUUUAUUUAAUAUUAAGUAUUCCCUAAAAAUCAUUAGUAUUAAGAUUAUUAUACCUGUAAGAAGUUAAUUUAAUCAAAUUUAUGAUGUUCCGUUGUAUUGUAUCGUUUACAUUUUUAAUUUCAAUAUUAUAUAGUAUAUACUUUAACAUAACGUAUUAAUUUUAGUUGGCUUGUUAAUCAAACGCUGAGAGGACGUCACUCGUGUAAACAAUUUUAAUAUAUCAUGUGCCUAUGUCCUAGAGAUUUAUUAUAAGUAGAAAACAAUUUUCAAAAAACCUCUUGGAAUAUGAUAUAACUUUUCAAU